AUGGAGCUGGGAGGGGCGUUCACCAUCUUCCUGGCUCUCUGCUUCUCCUGCCUGCUCAUCCUCAUUGCCUGGAAACGAGUCCAGAAGCCGGGGAGGCUGCCCCCAGGCCCCACUCCGAUUCCUUUCCUGGGGAACCUGCUGCAAGUCCGCACCGACGCCACCUUCCAGUCGUUCCUGAAGCUCAGGGAGAAAUAUGGCCCCGUGUUCACCGUGUACAUGGGCCCCCGGCCGGUGGUUAUCCUAUGUGGACACGAAGCAGUGAAGGAGGCCCUGGUGGACCGAGCCGACGAGUUCAGUGGCCGUGGAGAACUGGCUUCGGUGGAGCGGAAUUUUCAAGGUCAUGGUGUAGCUCUGGCCAACGGGGAGCGAUGGCGGAUUCUUCGCCGCUUCUCACUGACCAUCCUGCGCGACUUCGGCAUGGGGAAGCGCAGCAUCGAGGAGCGGAUCCAGGAGGAAGCUGGCUACUUGCUGGAGGAAUUCCGGAAGACCAAGGGUGCACCCAUCGACCCCACCUUCUUCCUGAGCCGCACCGUCUCCAACGUCAUCAGCUCCGUGGUGUUUGGAAGCCGCUUUGACUACGAGGACAAGCAGUUCCUGAGCCUGCUGAGGAUGAUCAACGAGAGCUUCAUUGAGAUGAGCACCCCUUGGGCGCAGCUGUACGACAUGUACUCGGGAGUCAUGCAGUAUUUGCCAGGAAGACACAACCGCAUCUACUACUUGAUAGAGGAGCUCAAGGACUUCAUUGCUGCCAGGGUCAAGGUCAAUGAAGCCUCCCUCGACCCUCAAAAUCCCCGGGACUUCAUUGACUGCUUCCUCAUCAAGAUGCACCAGGAUAAGAAUAAUCCCCACACAGAAUUCAACCUCAAGAACUUGGUCCUCACUACCCUCAACCUCUUCUUUGCUGGCACGGAAACAGUGAGCUCCACCCUGCGCUACGGAUUCUUGCUGAUAAUGAAGCACCCUGAAGUGCAAACCAAGAUCUACGAAGAGAUUAAUCAAGUGAUCGGCCCACACCGGAUCCCAAGUGUGGACGACCGCGUCAAGAUGCCCUUCACCGACGCCGUGAUCCACGAGAUCCAAAGGCUGACGGACAUCGUGCCCAUGGGCGUCCCUCACAACGUCAUCCGGGACACUCACUUCCGAGGCUACCUUCUGCCCAAGGGCACGGACGUGUUUCCCCUGCUGGGCUCGGUCCUCAAAGACCCCAAAUACUUCCGCCACCCAGACGACUUCUACCCCCAACACUUCCUGGACGAGCAGGGCCGCUUCAAGAAGAACGAAGCGUUUGUGCCGUUUUCCUCUGGAAAGCGCAUCUGCCUGGGCGAGGCCAUGGCCCGCAUGGAGCUCUUUCUCUACUUCACCUCCAUCCUCCAGAACUUCUCUCUGCACCCGCUGGUGCCGCCUGUCAACAUUGACAUCACUCCCAGGAUCUCGGGGUUUGGCAACAUCCCUCCGACCUAUGAGCUCUGCCUCAUCGCGCGCUGA